AUGUACGUAUCAGAGGGGCAAAGCUUCCUCAUAAAGAACAUCCGGCUGGAAAAGUGCCUGCAGGUCGCCCACCAGGAUAGCGACCAGAUCAGCCUGGCUGAUUGCAAGCUGCGUGCCCAGCCGCAGCAAUGGAGGUGGGACCCCAGAACAAAGUCCAUCGUCAGCCUUAAAACCAAACAGUGCCUGACCAUCCAGAAGCCGCAGGAGUUCGCAUCAGCCUACCUGGAGCCAUGUGGGGACAGGGAGCGCCAGACGUGGGCUUGCAGCAAGAAGGGACACUUGACCUUGCACGGCCUGGGCUUGCAUCUCAACACGAAGCCAGGCCACGGGGUCUUUGUGUCCCGGGAGAAAGACAAGUUCAGCAAGUGGAAGACCCUGUCAGAUGAAACCGUCUGUGCUGUCAGCCCCACAGUGGCUACCAGGCUUGGUGACCCGAUGCAGGAAGCUGUAGCUGCAUUGGUGGGGGUUCACAAAACUAAAACCAUCAGUUCCUCUGCAAAGAUCCACACCAGCUCCAGGGGCUCUCUGAUGGAGUUGCCUGCCUCCACGUUGGCUGAGUUUAACAGCACAGUUCCUCCACCACGGAGCGACCGGAUGCUUCUAGCAAUGAAGGAGGAAGUGCCUGGCCAAUUUAAAAAUCAAUCUGGACUCCGAGGGAAAGGUGCUGGGGCCAGGCCUACAGCCACCAAGUGGAAGACAGCCAUGCUAGUCCUCAGCCCCUUCGCAUUUAUACUGGGCCUGAUUAUACUGACACUGAAUGUUCGUUACAACAAGAAGAAGAAGCUCUCUGCUCUGAAGAGCUACCCAGAGAGCUGCAGCAGAGCUGCCUUACAGGAGCAGUCUCCAUUAACGGUGACUGCAGGCAGCUGGCAAAGCAGCACUCCAGCCUCUCAUUCCCCUUCCUUGCAGCACGGGGAAAUACUGAUUGAGUGGAAGGAUGGCACUGUCACUCCCCUUUUUGAUAACGCUAACUUUUAGAUGGGCUACCUCACAACUAACUGAGCCCAUUGCUUCUAUACAAUAGUGCCCUCUGAUAAAAUACUCCCACUGGGAACAAUCUGUUCUUAGUGAAUUUUCUUCAGUAGCGUAAUGGUUUUGAUAGAAACCAGCAAACACUGUUUAACACUUGAGAACAAUCACAUGAUGCAGCACAAAGUUAUAGCAAACAGGGCAGAUUGUGUUCUGUUUGUUGAGGUGCACACAGGGCCGGCUCAAACUUUUUGCCGCCCCAAGCAAAAAAAAAAAGCACCGCCCCGCCGUAACACCCCCCGCUAGCACUGCUGAACGCCCCCCCGAGCACCACGCCGCCCAAGCCCCCCGUCCCCCCGAGCGCCGCGCCACCCAAGUCCCCGCCCCCCCGAAACAAAAAACAAACAAAAACACCCCUCCAGCGCCACCAGGCCAAACCAAAAAAACAACACCCGAGUGCCACCCCGCCCUGCCCCAAGCACGUGCUUGGUCGGCUGGUGUCUCGAGUCGGCCCUGGGUGCACAGUGCUUAAACUUUCUCAAGGGUUCUGAUUUAUUCUGUAUGGAGACCCAUAUGUAAUCACAGAGUGCCUGGCUGGUUCCUAAUGUUCCUUGCCUUUUGCUUUCCUUUGGAUUCUAGCACCACUGAUCACACUAGAAAUGUUUAUUCCUCCAAGUCAAAUGGAAAGGUGAAUACACAAAUCCUGGUAGGGUUUGAUUUGACUUCAAAGUGGAAAACUGGAUCCCCGAGCCAGCUACGCACUCAAAAAACCACUCAGUGGCUUUGGCCAUAAGAGAAUUUGUGACUUAUCAGCUCUGCCUUCAGCAGCCAAAAACAAAAUGACCAUCCCUGACAUUCUCCAGCCAUUUGCUGAAGUUUCCCUCCCUAAAAUAUUAAGGAAGAACAGUUUCUUUUCUCUAAAUAAACGACAUUACACGCCACCUUUCCAUCCUGACCCAUUGCGAACCAGCUGAUGGCAGAGCAGCUGACUCACCAAGAGUUUUAUAUUCCUGGUACACAACACUAAUUUACAAUUCUACAGCACUUCUCAUCCCUACAAACCACAAAGUACUUAAUGAAUGCUACAUAUGGAGUGCCAUUAAAAUGCAGCUAUCAACCAUGGCUUCAACUAAUACAGCACUUUUUGUUUUGCCAAUGGCUGUUCACGACUGUUGACUGGGUAGAAUGGGUUACUU